CUGACCUCUGAUAAAACUCUCCCCCCCACCACCCCCCACAGCCCCAGCAGCCACGGCGAGCCCGGCUCCAGGAGGAAGCUGUACAGCGCCGUCCCCGGGAGGCACUUCGUGGUGGUGCGCUCCUACAGCGCCCAGGCCGACGGCGAGAUCAACCUCUACAAAGGGGACCGGGUCAAAGUCCUGAGCAUCGGAGAGGGCGGCUUCUGGGAGGGCAGCGCCCGCGGCCUGGUGGGCUGGUUUCCAGCCGACUGCGUGGAGGAGAUCCCAGCCAAGGCCGCCGAUGAAAGGAGCUGCACCAAACGGGCCCCGAACCGGGCUCAGGCCCAGUCGGCAGAGUCUAAAAAACAGCUGACGGAGGUGGCUCAUCGUGUGUCACAAACACACAGGCGGCCUGCUGGUCUGGUGGCCGUUGCUAUGGAGGAGAUGCCGCUUCCUGCCUCUGCACAUGCUCCCUGCUCUGAUUCCCGAGCGGACCGGGCCGACAGACGGAAGCUCUUCAGACACUACACAGUGGGCUCCUACGACAGCUUUGAUGCCUCCAGGUACGACGACCUGGCUCCCAAACUGCCUCCACCAAUCACAGCCAGAGCUCCGCUCCCACCAGCGCCCUCCAGCCCACACAUCCCCAUCACUGUCCUGCUCUAA